AGGCUUCAGGUUCUUCAAUUCCUCUCUCCCUAUACUUUCUCCAUAAUUUUUUCAUCGGAAUCUAAACUUUUCCUUCCUUCCGGUGUGCGUGCGGAUUGGCGACUUGAUUGAUUGAUUGAUUGAUAAUGCUGUAAUUUGGAAUUUCUGAUUCAAACCUGUAAUUAACUGCUGGUGGUGAGUUUUUUCGUUUUUUUUCUGAGACGCAGCGAUGCUCAACCAUGCAUUCAUUCCGUUGAACAUGUCAGGAGAAAAUGGGAGCCUCAAAGAAAUGGAUCAAAACAGUCCUUGGUUUGCAGAAAGCCAACAAAAUGCAGUCUUCAGAGGAGGAUGAAAUGAGUUCUGGGAGCAGUGACGAGAUCUGGCACCAAAGGAAAGACUCUGUUGAUCUUGCUGACAGCAUAAUUGGAAAGGAGUUCGAUCCGAAUGUCGUUGCAGAAGCUGAAGGUGCCAGAGAUGGAAUCCAGUCUAUGAAUCACUCUGAUGGGAUUGAUAGUGGUAUUGAUGAGAAUGAAACUGAUCAAAAUCUAAUUACAGAAGCUGAAGAUGCUAAACAUUCAAGCAUCCUUCCAAUGAAACAAUCUGGUGAGAUUGAUCAUGGCAUGUUUGAAAACAAGUCAGAUCCUUUCGCCAUUAUGAACAUUGAGAAUGCAGAAACUGCGCAGCCAAUUUCAACUCCAGCCAGUUCACUUUCUACGACAAUGGUUACAGUAAUUCAAGAUGCCAAUAAUGCAAACCUCCAGUUUGUUUUGAGUUCAGACGGCUCGUGUUCUACUUCACUUCAGGUGGGAAAUGUAGCUCAAAUUCCACAGUAUGAAAGAAAAGAAUGGGCAGCUAUAAACAUCCAGGCAGCCUUUAGAAGAUUUAUGGCUAGAAGAUCAUUGCGUGCAUUGAGGGGAUUGGUGAGACUACAAGCUCUCGCCACAAGUCGUGCUGUGAGAAAGCAAGCUACCAUUACUUUCCAUUCUAUGCAAGAUUUAGUGAGAGUUCAAGCUCGUAUCCGAGCUAGGCGUGUUCGCAUGGGGAUAGAGAAUCAAAUUGCACAACAAAAACUACAACAGAAAAUUGAACAAGAGGCUCGAGUUAAAGAAACUGUAAAAGAACCAGCUAAAGAAACUGUAAAAGAACCAGCUAAAGAAACUGAAGGUUCAGGAUGGUGCGGCAGUGUCCGGUCUGCUGAAGAAAUCAAAGCCAAGUCAGAGAAACGAAAGGAAGCUGCAGCUAAGCGUGAAAAGGCAAUUGCAUAUGCUUUAGCUCGCCAGUGGCAGGCAACCCCCAAGCAGCGGACAAAAUCUGCAAGUGCCGGCAUAGAUAAAAUUUACUGGAGCUGGAACUGGUCGGACAGCUGGAUGGUGUCUUCCCAAUGGGAAAACCGCGCCAUUGAGAUAAAUCUCGAAGAUGGCACGAAGGAACCAUCCGACGCACAGCCUAAACCAGCUCCUCGUUUAGCUUCUUCGGGGAGGAAAAUGGUUCGCUGUUCGACAAUCAAGUCCGACCCCGGUUCUCCCUGCUCUUCUUCACCUAUCAAGUCGCCACAUUUGAGAGAAAUAUCGUCACCACGCACCCCGACUAGGAGCCCUCGAGCAUCCCCACGUACCCCAACCAGGAGUCCUCGAGCAUUUGUUAGAGACUCGGGUGAGGUACUCUCCCCGCGAUCCUUUGCUGGUGCUCGAUCACGCAGCACCCCAAAAGAACGGUCUCCUCUUGGAGAUAACCAAGGGAAGAAGCGAUUGUCUCUCCCUGAUGACAACGGGCAACAAGGGGUCCAAACGGCGAACCAAUUCAGUCGACUGGCUGUCAAGAAGGCCGGGAUCGCUGCACCAAAACCGGUGAACACCAGAACCAAAUCGAACGGCGAGGAUGUCCACUCUUCGAAUCUCAGUCCUCAGACUGUUCAUUAGCUUCUCAACAUCAAGGCCCGAUCACAGCCGCCGGCGUGAUUACAUACACAUACAUAUAUAUAUAUAUACAUAUGUAUAUACGUACACACUCUACUGCAGGCAAAUAUGCUUUAUGAGGAUAAAGUAACAUGUAAGAACAUUUCCGAGGGAGCUCCUUCACCAUAGCUGAUACAUUCAUUACAACAAUUGGUACGUACAUACAUACAUACAUG